UAUAUCAUCAUUCUUAUAAUUCGUCAUUUUAGAUUGUUAAAAGUAUCGAUAACUUUAUUUUAUAAAUAUUAUUAAAAAUUGUUAUUCCUGAUUUAAAAUUAAUUAACAUUAAUUUUAAAUAUAUUAAUAAAAUAGUAAUGAUAUUUUAUAUUUUAAUUUAUCAUUUUGUUAUACAUAUAUAAUAAGUUUUCAUCUAACAUAUUUAAAACAGUGUUGUUAACCAAUUAAGAAUGUACACAGUGACUAAGUCAUAAAGAGACAAUUUAAUUAUUAAUAAUUGAAGAAAAUAUAAUAUUCUAAGAAAUUACAUAUAUUGAAGAAGAUUGUAAAUGACUCGAAGAUCAACAAUGAGUCCUCAAAAUUAUAAAAAUCAUAUCACAACAAAAGCUAUGACAUCCAAUGGUUAUACUAAUACUGAGACUCUUUCUAAGGAGUCCAAAAAUCAUUCAUCACCUUGUGAGUCAUUCAAGUCAAUGCCAUGGUUUGGUAUGGAUAUAGGAGGUACAUUAUCUAAAUUAGUAUAUUUUGAACCUAAAGAUACUACAAGAGAUGAAGCAGAUGCAGAACUUGAGACUCUGAAAAAUAUUCGACGAUAUUUAACUAAAAAUUCAGCAUAUGGGAAAACAGGUCAUAGAGAUACACAUUUGCAAAUGGAUAAUGUUUGCAUUAGAGGUAGACGCGGUACAUUACAUUUUAUUAGAUUUCCUACAAGUGAAAUGGGAAAUUUUUUAGCAUUAGCAAGAUCUAAAGGUAUGGCAAAUCUUGUAACAACAGUUUGUGCUACAGGUGGUGGAGCAUUUAAAUUUGAAAAUAACUUUAAACAAGAAGUAAAUAUGAAUUUAGCAAAAUUUGAUGAACUAGAUAGUUUAAUACGUGGUAUGCUUUAUAUUGAAACAACAAAUCCACAUGAAUGUUAUUAUUGGUCUUAUCCUACAGAUGAUAAUAAAUGUCAGAAAGUUCCCUAUGAUUUUUCUGAACCCUAUCCUUUUUUGCUUGUAAAUAUAGGAUCAGGAGUAAGCAUUUUAGCUGUUUAUGGACCAGAAAAUUAUAAAAGAAUAUCUGGCACUAGUCUAGGUGGAGGUACAUUUUUAGGAUUAUGUUGUUUAUUAACUGGAUGUAACACUUUUGAAGAAGCAAUAGAGUUAGCAACUGGAGGUGAUAAUACUAGAGUAGAUAAAUUAGUUAAGGAUAUUUAUGGUGGAGAUUAUGGACCUUUUGGUCUUCCUGGAGAUCUUGUUGCAAGCAGUUUUGGACAAAUGAAUUCUAAAGAGCGACGGAAUGCAGUUAGUAAACAAGAUCUUGCACGUGCAACACUUGUUACUAUUACAAACAAUAUUGGCUCUAUCGCUCGUAUGUGUGCUGUUAACGAAAAAAUUGAGAGGGUUGUAUUUGUAGGAAACUUUCUUAGAGUAAAUCCUAUAUCAAUGAAACUUCUGGCUUAUGCUAUGGAUUAUUGGUCUAAAGGAACUAUGAAAGCUCUAUUUCUAGAACAUGAGGGUUAUUUUGGUGCUGUAGGAUGUCUGCUUCAAUUUAAAGGUGAAACAAAAGUAUAGA